AAAGGAGGUUAGAAAACAUAACUUCGCACGUUAAGUUUAAGAUUGCAUUGUCAAUAUUUUAUAUAAGUAGUACAAGUGGAAUUCAACUUGACAACUCUUUAAUGAUGAAUGUUAACGAUUCAGAGAUGGAAGCAAACCUAGAAAAAUACAUCGUCAGCGAUGAAGACAAAAAAGUUGUCUUGGAUUUCCUGGAGCAUUUAAAAUCAAAUUUUGGAAAUUUAUCUAAAGGAUAUGACGAUGUGUCCUCAGUUUAUGAUAAAGUGAUGGUACUUUUUAAAUACGAAGCCUUUAAAAGAUUAGCGAAAGACUUGGCCGUGUUUUUGAAGCAUGAAAAGUUAGAAGAAAAAAAGAUUCUAGAUGUUGGAUGUGGUAAUGGAAAUCUUGGAAAAUCUCUUGUUGAAGAAGGAUUUAAAAACAUCGAUGGAUUAGAUAUAUCGGAGAAGUUGCUGGAGAUGUGUAAAGAGACGAAAUGUUACAAUAACUUGUUUCAGGUGCCAUUGACAGCUAAACCGACACCUGGUAUUGAGGAAAAUUCAUACGACAUUGUUGUUUCAAGUGGAUGUUACGUGAUGGGUCACAUUCCACUUGACACUAUAAUUGAGUUGACACGUAUAGUGAAGCCUGGUGGUUAUAUUUUCUACACACUUCAUGACCCUAACUACACGAUGGAUUAUAUGAAUUGGCAUGGCAAGAUAAUGAAAGAAAAGAAAGCUGAAUUGAUCUCUAUGAAACUGGCACCAUACAGAUUGGAUCCGAAAAAUAAUUUCGAACCAACCUAUGGUUAUUACGUGUUAUUCAAAGUAUUAUAAUUCCACUGCAUACUUUUUAUUUACGAAAAACAUUUUAUAAUCAACAAUGCAUAAAUAACAAUACUUUUCUUAAGAACAGCAUAUCAUUAAGAACUUUCAAAUGCACCACUGCGGUGGACAAUUUUGACAAGAAAAUUUUUUAUUUUAUUUUUUUAACCGUCAACUCAACUUUUGAACCAAUUUUUGAACUUCCUUUCUUUCUAGGUGUCAUCAGUGACACCGUUCAUCCGGUUUGGACAAGUAUUUACAAUCCAAUUCGAUGUCAACUUUUAACUUGUUUAUAUAUCAUUAUUUUGUGUAGUAUAUAAAAAAGGUUUGCAAAACUUAAAUUUAGAUGAUCACUGAUGUAAAAAUAGAUCCUUCAAGACAAUACCUUUGCUCAAAACAAUAUAAAAUUUAGUACGACUGGCUGUUAUUGAAAAUAUACCUAUAUAUAUAUAUUUGGAAUAUGAUAUCUUGAUUCAGCACUACUAUACAGCGUUUGUGAUGGCUGA